CCGAUCACUAUUUAUUGUCUAUUCUUCUAAAUCUCAUUACACGUUAUUAUUGUUGGUCCCUCUGUUUCCCACAAAAAAAAAAAAAAAAAAAAAAAAAAAAAUCUGUUUCUACACUUUUCGCUCUAUAAUAAGAGUUUAAAUAUACACAAGGGAAAGGACUAUGGCUGAGGCAGUGAUUAGUGACACUGCUGGGAAAAAACUUAUUGAAAUUGAUAUUAGUUCAGACACGGUAUGCCCAUGGUGCUUUGUGGGCAAAAAAAAUCUUGACAAAGCUAUUGCUGCAUCUAAGGAUCAAUAUGACUUUGAGAUUAGAUGGCAUCCAUUUCAACUUGAGCCUAAUGCCCCUAAAGAAGGAGUUGAUAAGAGAGAGUUUUACAGGGAAAAGUUUGGGCCUCAAAGUGAUAGGAUGCAAGCUAGGAUGACUGAGGUUUACAAGAAACUUGGGCUGGAAUAUAACAUGUCUGGAUUAACGGGAAACACUCUAGACAGUCACAGGCUUGUUAAUUUUGCUGGGAAACAAGGUUCUGAGAAGCAACAUAAGCUUAUGGAGGAACUGUUCCUCGGAUACUUCACUCAGGCAAAAUACAUUGGGGACUGGGAAUUUCUUGUGCAGUGUGCUGAUAAAGCUGGGGUAGAGGGGGCAGUAGAAUUUCUUCAAGACCCCAACAAUGGUGUUAAUGAGGUUAAAGAAGAGCUGGAGAUGUACUCAACAAAUAUUUCAGGAGUCCCAUUUUUCCUGAUUAAUAAGGGAAAACAGAAACUGAAUGGAGCCCAACCCCCUGAAGGCUUCUUGAGAGCUUUUGAAAUAGCCUCAACUUGACAUCAGCAGCAUCUGUUUCUCUUUUAAAGUUAUGUGUUGGUUUGACAUGAAUUAGAGGAGAGAUCCUUUGGCUUAUUAUUAUUAUAACUUUACUCUGCCGAAACUUUAGUUAUAAAAUGUUUUAUAUAAA